CUCCCGGCUCCGAGACAAAUAUCCACAGCCUAGUUUAAAAAUCAGUAGCAUAAACAGACCAAAUUCUGUGGCUGUUUCAAAGGCCGCCGGAGUUUCUUUCGGUUUGAGAUCCCCCGAAACUCCACCCGGCGCGACAGUACAAGUCUCCCCCACCCCCGCAUUGACUUCGAUGCAACGGCUAUCUAGAUCAUAAUAGUUAAGGUUGAAAAUGGUCUCCAAAGAGGAUAAACAGAUCAUCAAUGCCCUCCAGGCUAACUGGGUCUGGAUCCCGAAUUGGGUAGAUUCCUCAACUUCAAACACAGCGGGCAGAAUCGUGAAUUUCGUUCGCCAUAUUACUUUGUCAUCAGCUCCAACUCAGGCGAAGCUACACUUUUCGGCUGACACGCGGUACAAGUUAUUCGUUAAUGGAAUGCGCGUUGCAGUUGGACCUACCAGAAGCAGUCCAUUUAUCUGGUACUACGAUUCACUCGACAUUGCACCCUUCUUGCAGCCGGGGGAAAAUGAGAUUCGCUUUGUAGUACUGCGGUACUUCGCUUCCUCGCGUGGAGCUAUGGCUUUUGAGCGAACGGCUCUUCCGGGAUUGACGAUUGUUGGCCAGGUGGAGGCUGGUGCUGAGACUAUUGACAUUGGCUCUCGCCAGGGCUGGGAAGGUUCCCCGGACGAGUCUGUUCAAUUUCCAAUGGGAUUGAUAGACGAUGUUUUCCUCCACAUUAGCGAACGUAUCUCUCCGGCCGAUCCAGUCCCUGAAACUACGCCAGUUCCUUACGAUAUCAGAACCUUGAACGGAGAUAUUGCUCCUUGGGCUCUGCGUCCACGCCCAAUUCCCAUGCCCGAAUCAACCCCUGUCGUUGCCAAUAAGAUUCGAUCGUGUGAGAGCAGUUUUACGGCAGAGGACUGGUCAGCCUUCCAUUUGGGUGGUCAUCCCCUGAUCCUCCCCCAGGGCUCAUCGCACAUUCUUGAGCUACAAGCCGAUUGUCAUUCAACCGCUUUUAUCAGAUGGGUUUUCAAGGCUACCAGCAAACCGUCCGAGAUCAAGCUCAAAGUGACCUACUCUGAAGGAUACGAACUUGAACCCCGUUCUUAUCCCUUCUUCCGGUCUAAAGCCGAUCGGCUGGAUGCGGAGGGUGGCCAUAUCAUAGGCCCCUACGAUGAAGUUGUGCUCAAGGCCUCUGACAAGGAAACAUCAUAUGAGCCAUUUUGGUUCCGUACUUUCCGACUGAUGAGACUUGAAAUGACCGUGGGUGAGGAGCCAAUUGAGCUCAAGUCUUUUGAAGCAAUCCAGGUCAACUAUCCUAUGGCGGUGAAAGCCAGCUGGAAAGAAGCUGGGGAUGUGCACAGCGAAGAUAUCUGGGCUGUGUCGAUUCGGACAAUGCGAAACUGCAUGUUUGACGGCUAUUCCGAUUGCCCUUUCUACGAACAACUACAAUACUCUGGAGACACUCGCUCCGUUGGCUUGUUUCAUUACCUCUUGUCUGGCGAUGAUCGAUUAAUGCGGCAAGCUAUCACCAACUUCGCAGCCUCUGUAACCCCUUGUGGCCUCACUCAGUCGCGUUUCCCAUCGCAUGCCCCACAAAUCAUCGCAGGAUUUUCCCUGUACUGGGUUCUUCAAGUUUGUGAUCACUACAUGUUCUUCGGAGACAAAGCUUUUGCGCGCAGCUUCAUUCCACGUAUCGAUGGGGUCUUUGAGUUUUUCGAUUCGCACAUCGAUGACCUGGGCCUUAUCAGUGGCCUUCCAGAGGAGAUUUGGCAGUACGUUGACUGGGUGACAACGUGGGGCGCGACUGACGAGCAUCCGGACAAAGGUGUGCCAACCUCUGGUCGAAAGUCGAACCGUCACACAUACUUUAGCAUGCUAUACGCUUAUGUGCUCCGAAAAGGUGCUGAGCUAGUUCGCCACGUCGGACGGCCUGGAAAUGCAGCAGAGUACGAGAAUCGGGCUACAAGGCUUCUGGAAGCUAUCCGAAAAAAUUGCUAUGACGGUGAAUUCUUCACAGACUCUACGGCAGACGUUGCAGAUGAACUAUCUUACUCUCAACACUGCCAAGUAUUUGCUGUCCUUUGUGGAGCUUCCACCCCAGAUCACCAUGAGCGUAUUCUGUCAGAAAGCUUCACGAAUCCUCGUUUCUCCAAGUGCUCGUAUAUGAUGCGAUUCUACGCAUUCCGUGCUCUUGCGGAGGCCGGAGGGCAAGUCUAUGACAAGUUUUGGACUUCAAUGUGGGCACCAUGGCGUCAAAUGCUUGCCAAUAAUCUGUCAACCUGGGAAGAGGAUGAUGUUCGCCAACGUUCGGACUGCCACGCAUGGGGUAGCGUUCCAAUCUACGAAUACUGCACUGAGCUGGCUGGCAUCUGCCCUGUAGCGCCGGGGUCAUCCAAGAUUCGUUUCAAGCCCCGUCUGCAGCUGAGUCAAUCGAUUGUGGCGAAAAUUUGCCUUGGACGUGAGAACAUUGCGCAUGUCUCUUGGUGUCAAAUUAACGACAAGGAGAAACAUGUGACGCUGAGACUUGAUCAACCUGUGGAAGUUAUAAGUCAGCUUCCAGGUGGGCAAGAGGUAAAUCACGGGGUCUUGACCCAUCUUGACUUGGUCUAUGGACCAUCUCAGCUUUGAGAUACUCGGUAAAUAGCAAUAUAUUCCUGCUUUUGAAAGUGAUG